AUGAAGACAUUAAGAUAUCUCUCUCUCGAGAUUGAGAAAAAUCCCCCAGCCCAAGGAAAAAAGGGCUUAAAGAUACCUGUUCCAGGUAAUCCUGCAGUACCGGUGAUAGCUAGUGCAGGAAUGCCCACUGCUGGAAUUCCCACUGCUGGAAUACCCAGUGCUGGAAUACCAGGUGCUGCGAUGCCUAGUGCGGGUAUACCUGCUGCUGGGAUGCCUGGUGCUGGGAUGCCCGGCUCUGGAAUGCCUGGUGGUGGAAUACCUGGUCCUGGAAUACCCGGUCCUGGAAUACCUAGUGCCGGAAUACCCGGUCCUGGAAUACCUGGUCCUGCAAUGCCAGGUCCUGCAAUGCCCGGUCCCGCAAUGCCCGGUCCCGCAAUGCCAGGUCCUGCAAUGCCCGGUCCCGCAAUGCCCGGUCCUGCAAUGCCCGGUCCAGCAAUACCUGGUCCCGCAAUGCCCGGUCCAGCAAUACCUGGCCCAGCAAUACCUGGUCCUGCAAUACCUGGUGCUGGCAUCCCCAGUGCAGGAGGAGAAGAGCAUGUCUUCUUGACUGUAGGAUCAAAGGAGGCCAAUAAUGGGCCACCAUUUAACUUCCCUGGUAAUUUUGGUGGGCCCAAUGCCUUUGGGCCACCACUCCCCCCUCCAGGAUUAGGGGGUGCCUUUGGUGAUGUUAGGCCUGUUAUGCCUUCGGUUGGAAAUAGUGGUUUGCCUGGCCUAGGACUGGAGGUUCCAGGUUUUGGAGGUGCACCAAAUAAUAUAAGUGGGCCAUCAGGAUUUGGGGGCAUCCCUCAGAACUUUGGAAAUGGCCCAGGUAGUUUAAAUGCUCCUCCUGGUUUUGGAAGUGGACCCCCUGGUCUUGGAAGUGUUCCUGGGCAUUUGAGUGGGCCACCAGCCUUUGGGCCAGGGCCUGGGCCUGGCCCCAUCCAUAUUGGGGGUCCCCCUGGCUUUGGAGCUAGCUCUGGAAAACCAGGACCUACAAUAAUUAAGGUGCAGAACAUGCCUUUUACUGUAUCUAUUGAUGAAAUUUUAGAUUUCUUUUAUGGUUAUCAAGUAAUUCCGGGUUCAGUAUGUUUAAAAUACAAUGAAAAAGGUAUGCCUACAGGUGAAGCCAUGGUGGCCUUUGAAUCUCGGGAUGAAGCCACAGCUGCUGUCAUUGAUUUAAAUGAUAGACCUAUAGGUUCAAGAAAGGUAAAACUCGUUUUAGGGUAGCCGUUCACAUCAGUUUCUUAUUGAGUAUAUCUUUAUUUUGCUGUGAUUAAUGCAUCCAGAUUGUUUUCCUAGUAGUUCCAGGUUAGAACCUGUGGAUUGUUUCAAUUGCAGAUAGAUUGGUUUCUAUACACAGAGCAUUGGUUGGCUGUUUUACAACUCACAGAAUAAAUAUUGCAAUUUGUUACAGUAAAGCUAUCUGGAGAGAACACAAAAAUAACUUUGGCAUACAGUAGAGACCAUUUGUAAUACUCGAUCAUAUAAAGCGUAUCAAGGAAUCUAGAUUGGUUUUCUUUUAUACCACAUGGGAUGAAGAAAAUAGAAACGUGAGUAGAGCUCGUGGAGGGGGCUUGUGCCAGUGCUGACAAUUAGAAGUUGGCUACUUUUGCAAUUUGAUUUAAAGCUGGACAUACCUGCUUUGUUAUAGGCUCAAAGCUUUGUCUGAAACCUUCAUUUUCUUUUAAAAUUGAAUAAAGUCUCUGUAUCCAGAAA